UCCACAAGUUUGCCUUUUGCGUUUUCUUUUCUAUGAGAACCAACUGUGGAAAGUUACUGAACUGAAACCUCCCCUUCAGACUCUCAAAAUGAAACUUCCCCUGGGAAUUCUUUCUAUCCUAUCGGCUCUGGCAGCAACCGGUUAUUCUCUCUCUUGUCAGACCUGCAUUGGAGUCGGCAGCACUCCCUGCCAAGGCCAAAGCAUGUCCUGCCCAGCUGAUAAUGCCUGUGCGGCUACGUACACAUUAACUACUGCACAUGGGGUGACUGUAAGUCAAGUAUAUACCCUCUCCUGUGCCCCUCGCAGCCAGUGUGAUAAACCUGGAAGUAUCAGUAUUCCUGAUGGGAAAAUCAAAAGAGGCAUCUCCUGUUGUUAUACAGACGACUGCACCCCUCCCACACCGACCCUACCAGUUGAUGCCUUUCAACCUAAUGGACUGGUCUGCCGUACCUGCACAUCUGCAGACUCAACCUGGUGUUAUACUGAUGAUACCAUGCGAUGUACUGGGGAGGAGAACAGGUGUCUCUUGCAAACUACAACGCUUACAGGAUCUGUAUCAAGCAAAGUGGCUGUACGAGGCUGUGCUACUAAAAGUAUUUGUGAUCUUGGAGGCACUUCUGUCAGUUCUCCUGAAUUUUCAAUGGAUGUGAAAUUCUCAUGCACUAGUGGCAGCUUUAGUAUCCUAAAAUGGCUGCUGGAGCAAUUCCUGUUUGGGAAAAAUAAAGAGGAUUCGAACGUCCGUCUAAACUAAAAAAAAUUUGAGUUUUUAAACAACACUUUUAGCUCGAAAAAUUUGUGAUUUUCAAAUAUGAACUGAAUAUUUUCGUACAAACAACAGCAUUAUCAUGACAUUUUAUGAAUACAACAUGAUCAAGUUUAUUUUGAAUUUAUACCAUGACGAGUUUAUACGACUUUGAAGGCCAUAAAAAAUGAAUUUUAGUAAAUCAGUCAGUGUCAAUGUAAUUCCUAUUAAAAGUAGUAUUUGUUUGUUCC